UGCUUCCCGAAACUUAGCGCAACUGACAAUUCGGUCCAUAAAUUUCCGAACUUUGUUCAAACUAAACCCAUGUUGAAGAAAAUUAGACGAAGAGUCAAAACCAUUAUCACCAAGCCUUUUAAGAAGAAACCCCCCCCAAGAAAGCCGCCUCACAGCUCCUCCCCUUCCCCACCACCCUCCUCGUCUGUGUCGCCAUCUCCACCACCGCCGCAAACCGUCGAGAUGCACCGUUCCCGCCCAUUCCUCUUCCCUCAAGCUCAAUCCACGGUCCUCCCUGAUCCCUCCCCAUUCUUCGCCCCUCAACUCCUCUCCACCCCUUUGCCCACUAACUCAUUUUUCCAGAAUUUUGUCCUUAAGAGUGGCGAUCAACCCGAAUACUUCCAUCCAUAUAUGAUCAAGUCGUCUCAGUCUGCUCUUGCACUCUGUUUCCCAUCUCUGUUCAAGAACCCCGCCUUCAUCUACCAGAUUUUCGUUUCUGAUCUCAUCAUUUCUACGUUGGACAACCCCAAUCCGAAUGCCAACCACGUCAUAUCUUCGUUUACUGACCUCAGUGUCACUCUUGACUUCCCUUCUAGCAAUCUUAGAUUUUUUCUUGUUAGAGGGAGUCCCUUUCUGACUUGUAAUGUUAUGAGGGAUGUCGCGCUCUCGAUUUCAACUAUUCAUGCCAUUCUUGAAUUGUCCCCAAACAGUUCUUGCACUAAGUACACCAUUAAGCUGAAUAACAAUCAGACCUGGCUGCUUUAUGCCUCGUCUCCGAUAAGUCUCAGCCAUGACAUCAAUACUAUCACUUCUAGUGUGUUUUCUGGUGUAGUUAGGAUUGCAGCAUUGCCCGAUGCUGGCACAAAAUUCGAGGCGGUUCUUGAUCGGUUCAGUUCAUGUUACCCUGUGAGUGGUGAUGCUGUUUUCACCAAGCCUUUCUCUUUGGAGUAUAUAUGGGCUAAGAGAGGUUGGGGAGAUUUGUUAAUGCUUGCACAUCCUCUCCAUCUUAAGCUUCUCUCGGACAGUGAUUGUUCAGUUUCUGUUCUGGAGGAUUUUAAGUACAACAGUAUUGAUGGAGAGCUUGUUGGUGUUGUAGGAGAUUCUUGGGUUUUGAAAAGUGAUCCUGUAUCUGUUACUUGGCAUUCAAUUAGGGGGGUUGAGGAGGAUUCGUACUCUGAAAUAAUCAAAGCACUUAUCAAAGAUGUUGAGCAACUGGAUGCUAGUGCAAUAUCAACUUCAUCAUCUUACUUCUAUGCGAAAUUGAUUGCUAGGGCUGCAAGGCUGGCAUUAAUAGCCGAAGAAGUAUGCUAUCUCGAUGUAAUUCCAGCUAUUAGGAAGUUCUUGAAGGAUACAAUUCAACCCUGGUUGGAGGGGACUUUUGGUGCUAAUGGUUUUCUGUAUGAUGGAAAAUGGGGUGGAAUUGUGACUAAACAAGGAGCAGUGGAUUCAGGCGCUGAUUUUGGUUUUGGAGUUUAUAAUGAUCACCAUUAUCAUCUUGGCUACUUUGUAUAUGGGAUUGCUGUACUCGCCAAGAUUGAUGCUGCUUGGGGAAGGAAGUACCGGCCACAAGCUUACGCUCUGAUGGCUGAUUAUAUGAACUUAAGCAGGCGAGCAAACUCAAACUAUGCCCGUCUGAGGAAUUUCGACUUUUGGAAAUUGCAUUCUUGGGCAGGAGGGUUGACUGAGUUUGCGGAUGGUCGUAAUCAGGAGAGCACAAGUGAGGCAGUGAAUGCAUAUUAUUCAGCGGCUCUAAUGGGGUUGGCCUAUGGGGACAGCCACCUUGUUUCUAUAGGAUCAACUAUAUCAGCUUUCGAAAUUCAGGCAGCACAAACUUGGUGGCAUGUGAAAGAGGAGGACACUUUAUAUACAGAAGAAUUUACCAGAGAGAACAGAGUUGUUGGAGUAUUAUGGGCUACCAAAAGGGAUAGUGGCCUUUGGUUUGCUCCAGCUGACUGGAGAGAGUGUAGAUUGGGCAUUCAACUACUUCCUAUACUGCCCAUUAGUGAAACUCUAUUCUCUGAUAUACAGUUUGUCAGACAGCUUGUGAGAUGGACUUGGCCAGCGCUGGCAAGGGAAGGCGUUGGAGAAGGGUGGAAAGGUUUCCUGUAUGCAUUGCAAGGGAUUUAUGACAAAGAGGAAGCUCUAGUUAAUAUCAGGAACUUAAAUGGGUACGAUGAUGGGAAUUCACUCACAAAUCUUCUAUGGUGGAUUCAUAGCAGGGAUGAUCGAGAAGAAAGAUGUGACAGAGGAGGUACUUUUUGCUGGUAUCGACACUAUUCUCAUUGAAUACACGAUUCUUUUAAGAUGAUCGGAUGGAAUAAGAGGAUCAAACAUAAAAAUUUCUUCACAGAUCAUAAAACUCCUGUUUUGAUGUAUCCCACACGAUCUCAAACAUUUAUUUCAUACUGUACACGAUACUUAUUGAUAGUUUACGUAUUGCCAUAGCGGUUUUCUACUUAAUAGUGAGUCCAUGAUCUGCGAUGGACGUUUGAAAUCGUAGAUGCUUGUAGAAUAGUAAUGAAAGUUUACGAAACAUACCAUUAUCCUAUUUUAAGAUGAUAAGCUGUGAAUUUGCACUUUAA